AUGGCAUUCGUGACCCUUAUUACUCGGCUGGCUACACUUGCUUGUCUCUUGUAUAUUUCGCAAGCUCAGAAUUGUUGGAAAGAUACAGCAUGCAGUGGACCAGAUGAUACUGCAUUCCCUGGGCCAUGGGAAUCGAAUAUAUAUGCCCCAUCAUCACGUUCAGUGUCUCCAAAGUCCAUCCUUUCCUUGCAAACAGGAGAAGUUAUAUCGAGCUUCCCUGGAGACGCUAAACUCUCAGGCAAUGGGUCACAAUUGGUGUUUGACUUUGGUAUUGAAGUUGGGGGAUUAGUCCAUCUCAAAUACCUUUCUACUGGACCAGGAGCGUUGGGAUUGGCAUUUACAGAAGCAAAGAACUGGAUUGGUGAAUGGUCGGACUCCUCCAAUGGGAAGCUCAAAGGUCCUGAUGGUGCCAUAUAUGCUUCUUUCAAUAAAUCGGGUUCGGGGACUUAUACGAUGCCUGAUUUGAGCCUGCGAGGGGGGUUUCGCUACUUAACGCUUUUCCUGGUUACAAAUAGUACUACGUCAGUAGAGAUCAAGGACAUCCAACUCGAAAUUGGUUUUGAACCAACAUGGUCUAACCUGCGUGCUUAUCAGGGGUAUUUCCAUAGCAGCGAUGAGCUUCUCAAUAAGAUUUGGUACAGCGGCGCUUACACUUUGCAAACAAACAAUGUGCCCCCAAACACGGGUAGACAAGUGCCAUUCCUCACCACAGGAUGGGCGAAUAAUGGUACACUUGGCCCUGGCGACACUAUUAUAGUGGAUGGAGCGAAGAGAGAUCGAGCCGUGUGGCCUGGGGAUAUGGGGGUUGCUGUCCCUUCGACAUUUGUGAGCGUAGGUGAUCUCACAGCGGUGAAGAAUGCUCUUCAGGUUAUGUACAAUUAUCAGAACUCCACUACGGGAGCCUUUCCAGAAGCAGGACCACCACUUCUUCAGCUAGGUUCAGAUUCAUACCAUAGCGUAUCGAUAGUGUGGUCCAUGAUAGGCAGCUAUAACUACGUACUCUACACAAAUGAUACUGUAUUCCUUGCCCAAAAUUGGGCCAAGUACCUAAAGGCAAUGGACUUUAUCUACGGCAAAGUCGGCGAUAGCGGUCUCCUGAACGUUACAGGGCUACGAGACUGGGCUCGAUGGCAAACCGGAUUUAAUGGGAGUGAGCCAAACAUGAUCCUCUAUCGAACUCUCAUCACAGGAGCUGAACUGGCCAUCUGGGCCGGACAACCCAGCCUCAAUGCAACCUGGAAUGAACGAGCGGCAUCACUCCGAACAGCCAUCAACAAGUAUUGCUGGGACAGCGGUUACGGUGCUUUCAAAGACAAUGCAACGGCAACGACCUUGCAUCCACAAGAUGCCAACAGCAUGGCUAUCUUUUUCGACGUCGUUGAUUCUACCACAAAAGCUGGCAGUAUUUCGAGCAAUUUACUCAAGAACUGGACUCCAAUCGGAGCCGUGGCGCCCGAGCUCCCCGAAAACAUAUCACCAUUCAUCUCGAGCUUCGAAAUCCAAGCGCAUUUCUCCAUAGGCGAGACAGCUCGUGCGCUAGAAUUAAUCAGACGGUGCUGGGGCUGGUAUCUCAACAAUCCCAACGGAACAGAGAGUACAGUAAUAGAAGGAUAUCUGCAGAAUGGGACAUUUGGCUAUCGCUCUUCAAGGGGAUAUGCUUAUGACGCCAGCUACAUCUCUCACUCUCAUGGCUGGAGUUCGGGGCCGACGUCUGGACUUACAACGUAUGUUCUCGGUCUUAGUGUCACCGGCAUUGGUGGGAAGGAAUGGAAGUUGGCUCCGCAGUUUGGGGAUCUCACGUCUGCUGAAGGAGGCUUUAUGACUAUUCUGGGGAGAUACCAGGCUAGCUGGCAGCUGAAGGCUGGCGGGUAUACGUUGAGUUAUAAUGUACCGGAAGAAACGACUGGACAGAUUGUUCUUCCGUGUCUGGCAAGAGGGAAUUGGCCUCGCAUUGAGAUUGACGGGCAUCCUAUCCCUCGUGAUACCAGCGCGCAAAUCGUGGGUGAUGGUGUGGUCUUCAGUGUUGCUGGCGGAGAGCACAGUAUUGAAGUUAAGUAA